ACGCUAAAAGACCAGCUUUUUGUCCGUUACACACUUUACCUCCCACACCUUUUCACUUUGCUAUUUCUUAAACAGAGAGAUCACCCCUUGUACUAGAUUCACAUUCCAAAUCAAAUUCUGUCAGAACAAAAAAAAAAAAAAAAAGAGAGAGCAGAAAUGGAAAGUGAAAACAUUGAAACCUUGGUGGAAAUAAAAGGAAUGCCAACACGCGAUGGGAAAUACAUUGAGUACAAUGUAGUUGGUAACUUAUUUGAAGUCACCUCAAAGUAUGUCCCUCCAAUUCAACCUGUUGGUCGUGGGGCUUACGGAAUUGUCUGCUGUGCUACAAAUUCGGAGACGAAGGAGGAGGUAGCAAUCAAAAAAAUUGGGAAUGCAUUUGAAAAUAGAAUUGAUGCAAAAAGGACCCUUCGCGAGAUCAAACUUCUUUCCCACAUGGAUCAUGAAAAUAUAAUCAAAAUAAAAGAUAUAGUAAGACCACCAGACAGAGAGGAAUUCAAUGAUGUGUAUAUUGUGUAUGAACUAAUGGAUACUGAUCUGCAUCAGAUUAUACGCUCUUCACAGGCCCUCACAGAAGAUCAUUGUCAAUACUUUCUCUAUCAAUUAUUACGUGGACUCAAGUAUGUACAUUCUGCUAAUGUUCUACACCGGGAUCUGAAACCUAGCAACUUGCUACUCAAUGCCAACUGUGACCUCAAGAUUUGUGAUUUUGGGCUUGCUAGAACUACUUCAGAGGCAGAUUUUAUGACAGAGUAUGUUGUUACCCGAUGGUAUAGGGCACCCGAGUUACUACUUAAUUGUACUGAAUAUACUGCAGCAAUUGAUAUAUGGUCAGUUGGUUGCAUUUUGAUGGAACUCAUUAAGAGAGAACCUCUUUUUCCCGGCAGAGACUAUGCUCAACAACUGGGGCUUAUCAUUAAGUUAUUAGGUUCACCAGAAGAUUCUGAUCUUGGAUUCCUAAGGAGUGACAAUGCUAGGAAGUACGUUAAGCAGCUCCCUCGAGUUCCAAAACUGCCCUUUUCCGAGCAUUUCCCGGAUGUGUCCCCUUUAGCCCUUGAUCUUGCAGAAAGGAUGUUGGUUUUUGAUCCAGCUAAACGCAUAACCGUUGAGGAUGCACUGAAUCAUCCAUUCAUGAUAAGUCUCCAUGAGAUAAACGAGGAGCCUGUUUGCGCUUCUCCUUUUAACUUUGACUUUGAACAAGCAUCUCUAAGUGAGGAAGACAUAAAGGAGCUCAUAUGGAACGAGGCUCUAAAGUUUGAUACCGAUACAAUGAAGUAAUGAUGAUCCAUACUAUAUUUCCUCAAUAGCUUGUUUCAUCAAUAUCUGGAGUGUGAUUUGGUUUUGACAGGUUAGCCAUUUGUAAUAUCUGUUUGAUUAUUCUUUUAAGCUGAGAUUGGAGAGUUUGGUUUUCCUCCCUUCAUACACGGGGUUGUUAUGGGGGGGAGCGCAUGAACGGGGGUAAUCAAUGGAUUCAUAUUCUACUCAAGAAUCCUGGCCCCUCAAAAUUACUGUAGAAAAAAGGCUAGUCGUGUUCUGUUACAAACUUGAAGCUGUUUGUAAAGCAAAUCAUAGGACAGAAGACCAAUAAGGAUGAAAAAGAAAGAAGUGAA